UAGCCGAUGACGUCAGCGAGUGCCCGCCCAUGGCCGAGAGGAGUCCGAGAAGGGAGUGCGGAAAGUUCAGUGUCCCCGGCGAUGGACGGCGGCGACGAGAGGCUGAGAGGAGUCCCGCGAGCGCGUGCCAGCAGUCGCGUGUAACGGCGCGCCGCCGCCGCCUCCUCCUCCUCCUCCUCCUCCUCCUCCCGUUGUCGGCGGUACCGGCAGAAGAAGCAGAAGCGGCUCCGCGGGCAGAUAACUUACUAUAAGUAUAACGGUAAAGAGAGGAAGGACUCGGACUCGGAGAGGAGAGGAGCGGAGCGGCCGGUGCGCGCGCUCUCCAGUGAGCCCCCCUGCGCGCUCCAGCUUCGCACUUUGUUUACACCGUUUUUACGUCGCUCCCGUUUAAGGCUGCCUGCAGCAUUUGUGUUGAAACGGGGAUGUGCGUAUUUUUGUGUCCUUUUUUCUUUCUUUCUUUCUUUCUUUCUUUCUUUCUUUAUUUCUUUUUUCCCCACCUACGGUACUUGCAAAAAUCCUUUCUUUCCGGAGCAGUGAAUUUUACUGAAGGAAAGAGCCUUUUGACUCGGGAAUAUAAUUGAGAGAGGAGCGUUUAUUAUGGACGCCGCCUUUCUGUGCGCUGGAAGCAGCCGAUGAUCACUGUUGGGUUUUAUUGAAGUGGAAAAACGGUGUUCAUUGGGGCGCUGGAAGAAGAGCCCGUUUCGUUUCCCCUAAUCUUUUUACCAGUUCAGUUCAUUCUUGCUUUGCCUUUGCAACAUGGGUGCAGAAGCGCUGCAACUAAAGAUUGUGCUUUGCCUUUGGUGUCAGCUGGCGAUCGCCGCCUUCAGCCACGAGAUCGGAGCCUACGACGCGGAGCGCGGCCGACGGGCUAAGUGCGAGCCCAUCGCCAUCCCCAUGUGCCGGGGAAUCGGAUACAACCUGACCAGCAUGCCCAACUACAUGAACCACGGGAGCCAGGCGGAGGCCGGCAUCAAGCUGAACGAGUUCGCCCCCUUGGUGGCUUACGGCUGCGACGCGCACCUCCGUUUCUUCCUGUGCUCCUUGUACGCGCCCAUGUGCACCGACAAAGUGUCCGCCUCCAUCCCGGCCUGCCGGCCCAUGUGCGAGCAGGCCCGGCAGAAGUGCUCCCCCAUCAUGGAGAAGUUCAGCUUCAGCUGGCCCGACUCGCUCGACUGCUCCCGGCUGCCGACCAAGAACGACCCCCACGCGCUCUGCAUGGAGGCGCCGGAGAACGACACCAAAACGGAGACCAAGAAGGGCGAGGGCAUGUUGCCGGUGCCCCCCAGGCCGCGGCAGCCGGCCCCCGGCAGCGGCCAGUCGGCCGGCGGCCCGGGCUCCUGCGAGAACCCGGAGAAGUUCCAGUAUGUGGAGAAGAGCCGGUCUUGUGCUCCCCGCUGCUCGUCUGCUGUGGACGUCUUCUGGUCCAGACAGGACAAGGACUUCGCCUUCAUCUGGAUGGCAGUGUGGUCCACUCUGUGCUUUAUUUCCACCGCGUUCACGGUUCUGACCUUCCUCCUGGACCCGCACCGAUUCCAGUACCCCGAGAGGCCCAUCAUCUUCCUGUCCAUGUGCUACAACGUCUACUCCGUCGCCUUCGUCAUCCGUUCGGUGGCCGGCGCGGAGAACAUCGCCUGCGACCGGGAGAACGGCGAGCCGUACAUCAUCCAGGAAGGCCUGGAGAGCACAGGAUGCACCAUCGUCUUCCUUGUCCUCUACUACUUCGGCAUGGCCAGCUCCAUCUGGUGGGUAGUCCUCACGCUCACCUGGUUCCUGGCGGCUGGAAAGAAGUGGGGCCACGAGGCCAUCGAGGCUCACAGCAGCUACUUCCACAUGGCCGCCUGGGGCAUCCCCGCAAUGAAGACCAUCGUGAUCCUGACCAUGAGGAAGGUCGCCGGGGACGAGCUGACGGGCCUCUGCUACGUGGGCAGCAUGGACGUGGGCGCGCUCACCGGCUUCGUCCUCGUCCCCCUUUCCUGCUACCUCGUCGUCGGCACGUCUUUCAUCUUGACCGGCUUCGUGGCGCUCUUCCACAUCCGCAGAAUUAUGAAGACGGGCGGCACCAACACGGAGAAGCUGGAGAAGCUCAUGGUGAAGAUCGGCGUCUUCUCCAUCUUGUACACGGUGCCGGCCACCUGCGUCAUCGUUUGCUACUUCUACGAACGACUCAACAUGGAGUACUGGAAGUUCCGGGCGCUCGGGACCAAGUGCGUCCCGUCCCCCGGCCGCCGGAACGAGGACUGCUCCCUGGAGCGCUCGGUGCCGACCGUCGCCGUCUUCAUGCUCAAGAUAUUCAUGUCCCUCGUGGUGGGCAUCACCAGCGGGGUGUGGGUGUGGAGCUCCAAGACGCUGCAGACCUGGCAGGGCCUGUGCCACAGGAAGCUGGCGGUCAGGACUAGCAGGAAGCCCUGCAACGGUGUCGGCUGCAGCGGUACGCACUGCCACUACAAAGCGCCGGCCGCGGUCCUGCACGCGGCCAAAACGGACCCCUACUCGGACAGCCCCGCCCACGUGUGAAGCUAAGCUCGGCUCCGCUCGCGGCCUCGGGGAGAGAGACGCUUGCGCGGACCCCCCCCCU